UCUCUCCUUGUCUCUUUCUUCUUUCCAAAUCUUUUUUUUCACACUCAAAACGCAGUGCUUUUACUGCUUUUUCAUACCACACUGUACAACCUCUCUCUCUCUCUCUCUCUCUCUCUCUCUUCACACUUUCAUAUCAGACCCAGUGCUGGUUUUGCAGCAGGGUUUCUGGUAAUGCUAAGAGCUUAGUAAAUCUUUGCGCUUUUUUUAUAGCUGUUUUUGUAAUCUUGGGUUUCAUUUUGAGCACACAAGUAAUGGGCAAGAAUGUGCUGGUUUUGGGUCUCACCCUUUUGGUUCUAUUUGGAGCUGUAUCAUCAGCUUCUACCUCUGCUUCUCCAGCAAAGAUUAUUCAUGGGAUUUUCUCAAAUGUUGUGUCUUUUUUUAUGAAAUGGUUGUGGUCACUCAAAUCAACGACCAAAACAGCAAUUUCUGGGCGUCCAAUGAUGAAGUUUGAAAGUGGAUAUACUGUGGAGACUGUGUUUGAUGGAAGCAAGCUUGGUAUUGAGCCUUACUCGGUUGAGGUGUUGCCCGGUGGAGAGCUUUUGGUUCUGGACUCUGCUAAUAGUAACCUCUAUAGGAUCUCUGCCUCUCUUUCUCUAUACAGCAGACCGAAGCUAGUCACAGGAUCCCCUGAAGGUUAUUCUGGACACAUAGAUGGGAGAACUAGAGAUGCAAGGAUGAACCACCCAAAGGGGCUUACAGUUGAUGACAGAGGAAAUAUUUAUAUUGCAGACACUAUGAAUAUGGCUAUCAGGAAGAUAAGUGAAGCUGGUGUUACAACAAUUGCAGGAGGGAGAUUGGGCCGUGGAGGGGGUCAUGUCGAUGGACCAAGUGAAGAUGCAAAAUUUUCUGAUGACUUUGAUGUGGUUUACAUUGGUAGCAGUUGCUCCCUACUAGUCAUAGACAGAGGAAACCAAGCUAUCAGGGAGAUCCAACUCCACUUUGAUGAUUGUGCUUAUCAAUAUGGAAGUGGCUUUCCUCUUGGAAUUGCAAUGCUUGUCGCGGCUGGCUUCUUUGGGUACAUGCUGGCAUUGCUGCAACGUAGAGUGGGUACAAUUUUGUCUUCCCAUGAUGAUCAGGGUCCAACAAAGACAAGCAUUCCAUCAACCCCGUAUCAGAAGCCUCCGAAGUCUGUGAGGCCUCCGUUAAUCCCAGCAGAAGAUGAACAUGAGAAACAAGAAGAAGGCUUCCUUGGAUCCAUUGGAAAGCUUCUUGUCAACACUUGGGCAUCAGUAGUGGAGAUUCUGGGAGCAAUAUUUCCUGUGUUUAGAAAGAAGGAGCCACUAAACUAUGAAUAUCAAAACCUGCAGUAUCAGCUGCAACAAAAGCACUCAAAUGCUUGGCCCAUGCAAGAGAGCUUUGUGAUACCUGAUGAAGAUGAGCCCCCUUCAAUUGAAACCAGAACCCCGACUCCGCGUAAAACCUACCCUUUCAUGUCCAAGGAUGCAGAUAAGAUACACCAAUUGCGUCAAAGUCAAGUUUUCUAUAACGGGUGGGACGGCGAUCUUCAGCAGCAUCAGCAUCAGCAGAAACAGCAGCAGCAGCAGCAUCAGCAUCAGCAGAAACAGCAGCAGCAGCAUCAUAGGUAUUAUUCGUCCAUCCCACAUACUUACUAUGAGCAGAGCUUUGAGCAAACCAAUGAAGUUGUUUUUGGGGCAGUUCAGGAACAGGAUGGAAAGCGUGAAUCAGUGGUGAUAAAGCCUGUUGAUUAUGGAAAUCCCAUGUUUGAUCAUCACAACAUUCGCUCUCGAAGUAAUUAUAUGGGCUAUCACUAUGGCUAUUGAUCAUAUACACAUAAAAGAUCUCUUAGUUUUGACCUUGUUCCUUAUUAUUAGUCCUUUAAAAUUUAGGUUAUAGGUGGUACCAAGAUUUUCUUCUUAAAAAAAAAGAAAAAAAAAAAAAAAUGAGGAGUGUAUGUGGGAAGCUUUGCAAAUAUGAGAUUUACUGUUUCUGGCAAAAAACAUCAGAGGCACACUGGCCCUUCUAUGAAUGGUAUUGAAAUUGAAGGAUGAGCUAAGCUUUUUCCCUAUAUAUUAAUUUGCAUUGAAUAUUUA